CAGUAAUGCUCCCCCACCUUGAGGGUGUGUUAGUGCCAGGGAUCCCACACAUUUACCAUGAAGAAAAUACAAUCAGUAAGAAAGUCUUCAAAUGGGUCCUCCUCUUCGUACUGUCAAUUUUUCCACCCAACAUUCGUGACUCUCGAUUACACUAAAAAUCCAUCAUUUUAGCUUCAACUUGUGUGCACAGUGAAUGAAAAUCUCUCCCUAAAGCUUCACAAAUUGUUCAACUCAAUGUACAUCUUCAUCCCUUGGUGUAUUUUACGAAGUUAUCGCACCUGAAUAGCCUGAACAAAGAGAGGAGAGCCUCUUGGGCAAGGAAAAUGAAAUUCGACAUAAAAAAUCCAAGUUCAUUUGCAAAAAGGCGAGUAAUUGAUUGGAAAAGAGUCGUGGAAAAGAAAUGAAAAGCUAACGGAACAUUUUCAUGUAAAGUGGUGAAAUGAAGCAAUUAAGCCCACCCACUGAGGGAGUACAUUGAAGUUGCGAAAAAAAGCGUGGCAUUGUUGUUUAAGAGAAGGGAGUAAAUUAUAAAUUGUGUUAAUGUAAAGAGAGAUUUUAUCGAGGUGUUAAAAGUUCACCCUCGUGAUUUUGGAAGGUAUACAUUCAUUUUAAUGAAAAGUGCUCCGCGAGUGGCUAUCUCAAAUUGGAUUCUUCCACAUGCCAUAUUAGCACCGAAGGAUACAACAGCUGAGUGAGUAAAUGCUAAUCCCAAAACACUUUUAUAUAAAUAUAUAGUUACAAAAUUACGGAGAAUUUAUGACAAAACCCUUAUGUUUUAAUAUAUUGCUCUCAUAAACUACAUACAUUUUUCCAUAAAGGGUUUAGAUAGAUAUAGGGAUGAAUAUAUAGGACUGUAUACAUAUACUGCUCUCUACCUUUAUUCGGUACAUCAGUACGCAAUGAAUUUGAUUUGAAAGGCAAAUUUUUGCUUGAUUCUUUUACAUAAUUUAUGUAUCUUUUGAAUUACAUAGGUAAUUAUACUUUUGAGCUUUUCUCAAAAAUGUAUAGAAUAUCACGAAAUACAACUCCUAUUGAGUGGAAGAAAUUUUAAUUGGAAUUAUCACGAUGUAAAUUGGCAAAAGUUAUAUAUUGCAAAAUUUGAUUUGGUUCAUAUUUCCUCAAAGUGGCACGACAAAUUUUAUGCAUAAAAGACAAGUUUGAAAACUUUAUUAUUUCCAUGCGAGACGAAAAGUUAUUUAAUGCAAUUUUUACGACUAAACUACAAUUUUAAUUGUACGUUUGCGUUUUGAACUUAUUAAUUCAAGUAUUUUAAAAUAAGGAGCAAAAAUCAUAAAGAAAAUACAUUAAUUUUUUAAAGAGUUUGUCUUUGAUUUUUUAUAUUGUAUAGAGAAUUUUCCACAUAAUUCCAAGAAAACAUGCUUUUCGUGCCAUCGCAUGAACAUGGAUGGUGCACACAUUAGUGAGACAUAGAUGAUGAAAAUUCCUGAGAAAUAAGGUCUUGCAUGGAGCAAAUCACUUUCAAACGCAGAGAUGAAUAAAUUAAAGUUUUGCUCCAAAACUAACGGGGAGCAUUAUGGGCUUUUUACGCUCCUCCCCCACCAAUGCUUUUUUGCAUAUAAAACCUUGCUCAAAACGUAAAUAUUCCUUACGUGACCAAAUGGUGAAAUUGCAAGGAUACUUGUUGAUCAACCAUAUUCUGUCGCCGGGGCAUUUUAUUGAUUUGCAAAUGCAAGGAUCAAGACAUACAUUUUAAACAUUUUCGUUGAACUCAUUGUCAGUGAGGCGGAAGAAAUGAGGCAGUUGCGGAAAUUACGAAUGAAAAUUAACCGGAUAUUCGCAAUUUCAUGAAUAAUUCACCUGUUCCGGAAAUGUCUCUGGUAUUAUAUUUUUUGAUGAGCGCUGUUUGUUGAAUGUAGAUAUGUACUGUGUGUUAUACCUAUAUUUUUUCUGUUGCUAAAUUGCAGCAUUUUCCCGUGAAAUAGCCCAAUUUAGACAAUGUCCUUUUGUUUCCACCACAAAGUAUCAUCCUCUCCCACGGUGAAUGGGCAAAUUGUCCUUUAAUUGCACUGAAAUUUUCUCUUGGGGCACAUACGAGAAAACAGGUGAGAAAUCAGGUGGAAGAGCGAAAAAGGAUAAUAAAAUACUCUCCCAGUGUGAGUGUGGGUGGACUCACAGUCUUCUCGUUGGUGGCAGAUGGCACUAGGAGUCACUCAGUGGUUUUUCAUUGGUUGAAUUUAUUAUAGUCCCCAAUUCACAUGGAAAGUUCUCACAAAACUUUCACAUUAGUUUUCAGUGUAACUUACUCCUUCAAACCGCUCACAAAGUUCCAAAUCGCUCGGUUCAAAAUAUUUAUUUUUUUGACCCAUUUAUAUACCCUUUUAAUUUUAAAACUAUUCUCUCGACCAAAACGACCGGAAAACGAAAUAUUUUGCAUUUUAACCCAGCAUUUUAAACCGCAAACACCCCCGUUUUCUAACCCUCCCUCCUCCCAAAAGAAGAUUAUUAUACAAUAAUCUUCAGAGAAAUUGCAAAAAAAUCCCUUAAAAACUAGUGGUGUGUAAUGUGAUUUUUUUAAAAUCUUUCUCAAUCAGUAAAUUUUAACUUAAUAGUUACAUAGUUUACCAAACAAAAAGUAAAAAAAAAACUUCUAUACUAAAGUUUUCCAUAAUAGAUGUGCUACGGGAAAAAAAAGAUAAAAAUUUUCGUGAUGCGAAAGAAUCGCCAAAAUUGCAAUGCUUCAUGAAGUGGCACCGUGAUGAUUUAAAAAAUGUCUGUGAUGAAUUUUAAACAACGAGUUAAAUAUUGUGUAAUACUAACAAAAAAAAAUUGAAUUUAUUUAUAAAAAUUAUAUCGUGUGAUUGCUGUAAUAGAAGAGAAUCGUGUGAUUUCAUUUACGUCAAUUCUCGCUGCAAUAUCAAUGAUUUAAGACCGUGAAAGUACUUCUGAAGCUCAAUUUUUCUCCAAAGCCUUUUUUUUUGUCUAUUUUCUCCAUUUUAACAUUUUUUCCCUUCAUUCUACAUAGCAUAUACAUAUAUAGUUUUUGCUGACUAUAACACAGAUGGGAAUUUGCUAGAAAUUCCCACAGAAAAAUAACGUGUUGUAAAUGAAAUUUAGAAAAUCACCUUGAAAAUUGAAUUUUUUUCGUUGCCGAAUUCAUAGGAAAUCAUUUUAUAUAUAGGUACAUAUAUAAUGUACAUACAUUUAUAGCUAAUGAGGAGUGAUUAACGUUGGGGGCGAGUUGUGGAGGAAAAUGACACUCACGAAAUUCACACAGUGACUUUUGGGGACUCGAAAAAGGCCAAAAAGAAACGUUCAAACUAAUAUAUUCUCGUACCUUUGACUCUUGGUGAAAUUUAUUUAUGCAUUGUGCUGAAGAGAAAAUCAAUAUCUUGUGAUUUCCUAACAAUUUUAGCCACCAAAAAAAUGAGAAUAUCACUUUAAAUCUCCUCUUCUUAUAUCUUCUCGUUAUACAACCAAAAAAUCUCACCAUCUAUGCUCAAAGUUCGCUCUUUAGAGCUAAAAAGCACCCUCAAGAGAAAUUUUCAUCCAUCGCACAUAACAUGUAAAAGAAAUGUUUCCCGCGAAUUUUGGGAAAAUUCUUGGAAAAUAUCAUUAUACGUAUUUUCAGCGCUUCUCUGAAAAAUCAAGAUAAAAAAUACUUUUUUUUUUCCCUUUUAAAAGUGUUUUGUAUUUAUAUUUGUCAAGUGGUUGAAUACAUAGAUUAGUUAUGCUACAUAAAUUUAAAUUACUUGCUAUAUACAUUUACAAUUGUUUGUAAAUGAAUGCAAAUGAUCAGGUGCUUGGAGGAAAAUCCCUGGGAAAUUCCCGGAGCAAACAACGACGAUUGUCGUAGCACAAAAUAGGCAAAAUAGAGCCCAACUUUUAUGACUUGUGGGAAUUUUCAUGUAACACAUUCUGCCCCCAAUACACAAAGUACUUUGUGGUUAAUUAUGUACCUUCCAAUUUCACCCACAUUUCCCAUCCUGAACCACCCUGAACAUGACAUUUUGUCACUGAUGAAUGAUGAGAUUAAACCUCAGAGAAGGCACACAAAUCACAAUGCAUAACAUCUAAACUGCACUUCCAGCAUGAUGAUAUGAAUAUUAUAUGGGGUGAAUGUGAUGUAAAUGAGUGAAAAUUGCACAGUGUUCAAUUACAAAAUAGCAUUUCUAUUUGUCAUCUCAAAUCCCAAAAGUUACCUCAAGCCAUAAAUUGACGUCAUACGUGUCCAAGGGAAUUCCUCUACUGAUACUUUAAUCACACGUCAACCACCAAAACACCCACCCCUCUUCAUAUUUGGCAUGCUUUGAAAUUUGCACAAUGAGGUCAUAGAAGCAAUUUUUAAUUUCCUCGUCAUUAUGCAACAAGCAUCGUGCCAUUAUGUUCGCCACGUUCAUUGGCAUGAUUGCUCAAUUUAAAUGAUUGGAAAAAGACUACAUAUAUGGUUUAUAUGUAGUGAAUAGUUAGUUAAAUGUUUAGUAUUGGCCAAAUAGUUGAUAUCAUCGGGGUAAAUGACUAUCAACUUUCAUGAUGCAUCCACAUAAUUUAAUAACUAUUAAAUCAGACUAAAUUAUAAGAGUGCGAACUUGUUUGCUUCAUAUAGGUAUAAAUAAUUGGUAUAUAAUUUCUGCCAACGAGGUUAUAAUUUAAAAUCAAAACAUUGAUCGCCUAAAGAGUAAAAUAAUAAAAAAAAAUCAAAAAUAGUGCUUUUAGGGUAAAGUCUCUCAAAGAAUUUUAUGCGUAGAAUAAAUAGCAUCAUGAGAUUAUAUAUACCUACAAAAAUAUGUAAUGUAGAUUCAAAAGCGCUGAAUUUGAAAAGCUCUCAAUAACAUUUUCAUUUGCCGUUUUGGAUACCACUAGAUGCAAUCAUAUAAAAUGCUUCACAUUUUCAUUAUAUUUUUCUUCAAUUUUCAAAAAAAAUAGUAUAAAAUGUUCAGUGUAGGCGUUCAAUAUAUCGGCAUUGCGGGCAUUUGCUCUACAAAAUCAUUAGUGAACCCCUCCUGGCUGUUAUCUCCAUGAGAUUUCCGGCUUUGUCAAUGUUUAACACGCUCGUCUCUGGUAUUUCCAUAAUCUCCCAGGAGAUUUCACUUUCAAUUCAUUCACAGAAAGGAAAAGCGUCUACUGUUGGGUUUUCCACAGGGAAAUGUUCACUCCAUAGCAAUAAUACUUUUCAUUUUACAUUUUACAACAAAUUCGUUUUCGGCUGAAUUUCUUUUGGUCGUUCUCACGAAACAAUUUUUUGGUGUGUCGCGGGGGUGUGGGACCCCCCAAAAAAAAGAGCAGAAGAGAAAAACUUUACCAGUGACCUUUAGUAUCGAUUAUAUACAUAUACAAAAUGUGGAUCUAUGUGAUGUGGGUGAGAAUAGUGGUUCAUAUAAUACUUUUACUAUGGCGCUCCCACCUUCGUCAACCUGGCAAUGCCACCCCCAAAUGGUCACCCGUGCUAAAUGCCUUCCUAAAGUGCCAAGGAGCAGCCGGGGAUUUCUCACUGCUCUCUCUCUCUACUGCUACCACUUUGAGUCUUUGGUACACCAGCCAUGUUGCUUAGGCAGAGUGCCGGAAGUCGUAUUUAUUUAUAUAAAACCAAAUUAAUUGCAUUCCAAACACUAUAUGACGAGGUAAAGAAAAAAGCAUGAAAAACUAAAACCACUCAACAGGAAUGAUUUCUUAUCUGCUAUCGUGCCCCAAAUGGUUAAACGUGUGUGUGUGUGUGUCACAUGAAUGGAUAUUCAAUCUUCUCAGUCCGCCAUCUAAUUCAGGGAUUAUGACCUUUCCAGGUGUAUUAUACUUUUCUGUUGGAAUUCUCUUUUAAGCCAUUAAUAGCAUAUUCAUGCAUAAAGUUUUUAUUGCAACACCUCAUUGAGCUCUAAGCAAAAAAAAAAUACGUUCUUUCUUUUGGAAGAGGUAAAAGAGCAGAAAUGUGGAAUACAUUAUGUAAGAAGUUUAUGAGAGCAAUUCGUCUAUUGUAUCGAUUAAUAUUUUAGUGUAACGUUUUUCGUGAAAAUGUAUGAAAAUUUAUUCUAAACAAUUAUUAGUUUCUAAUUUAUUUAUUUUGUUAAAUGAAAUAUUAGCCAUAUUAGAAGGUCAUGUUUCUUAAUUCACAACAUCAGCAUCUCUUGGACAAUCUACCUAAUCAUGAGUAAGAAAUGCUAUAUAAAAUUAUACAUAUAUUUAUUAGUUUAAAAUUUUCUCUUUCUAUUGCUCUAUCAUCAAUGUUAUUUUAAAAUUUGUUGCAAAUUUUAUCGUGAUUUUUGGAAAUUAGAUAAAAUCACUUCCAGAAACACAAUAUAGAAAUGCUCAAGACAAUCGUGUAUUACGUAAUAUACUUUAGUGAACAAGGUUUGUUAGAGCAUUAUAGUAAUUUAUAGUUUUAGAGGAUCACAAGUUAAGUCCAUAUAUAUUAGAUUUUAGUAGUUCAUUCUGAGCAGAAAUUCUCCAUACUGUAGAAUUUUAUUUAAUAGCAUUACAAAUUAAAUUUCCAUCCACUAUCAUUACAUACCGACGAACAUACUAACCAUAAAAAAAUUGCUGAAACCCAUCAUGUGAAAAACUGUGAUGAUUGUGGAUUUUUUCUCCUCUGAACGAAUCCUAUUUUAUAAAAACAUUUUUUUUGCUCAGUGGAAACACGAACCCUUGACAUUCUGGAUUAUACUGUAGAAAAACUAACAAAUCAUUUGAGCACAAAAAAAUCCACAAAAAGUUCUUCAACUCUAAGAGAAUAUACAAAACUAUAUGCAUACAUAACAUAGUAGGUAUAUUUGGGUAUUUUCUGACGACAAAACUUUAAAGGCUUUUACUAUGUACAAAACACGUAGGAACAUACCGAAGGACUUAUCAAUGCUUUUGUAUCGGCUGUUGGCAUGUUGAAAAAUGAACUUUAUAAGGGAACUCCACAAAAUGUGGUGACACGGGUGAAACUUAAAACGUUUCUUUUUAGCGUAUGUUAUAUACAUAAUUUACCUACUUAUUAAUCACAAGAGUUAAAAAAAAGUUUGAGAAGAAUUUCAACAAUGUUUUCUGAAGCUUAUAAAAUGUAGAUAACUAUGGGUACUGCAUUUUUUAUAGUUAUUCAACGCUCUUCGAGUUAAUGUAUAAAAUCAGAUAUACACGGUUUGCAGUUUUGAAUUGUAUAAAGAUUUUUUUUUACUUCUGAAACAUUUUUUUUACCUUUAAUUUUUUUAAUUUUGUUUUCUAUUUUAUAUAGUCUAAAAAGUGGAAUUUAUUCCAUAGACAUGAAUUUUAGCAAUAAAUCUAAAUUCUUGGUGAUUAUUUUCGUAAAAUAAUAAAAAUGUAAAAAUGUAAAAAUUUCUAUGAUAAAAACUUCUAAAAAAAAGUUUUCUUGGAUUUUAUGCAAACGAUUGGCAACGUCAUGGAAAAUAGCAUUUAGUGCACUGCUAUCAGUUUUAGAAAUCAUAAGAGAACACUCUUUUUUCUACAAUUGCACCCCUAUUUUCUACCCUUAUACUAAAUCAUAAAAUAAUCACAUAUACUUCUGCGUGCCAACAGCCAACAUAUAUACGUUUGAAGCCACAAGAGUGGAAUAUUGAGGUUUAUAUGUCGAAGCAAUGUGUGCAGAAAUGGACAGACCAGAGGCCACAUAUAAGAAAUCGAUUGUAUUAAUGCUCUUCACGCACAUAAUCGACUACAUAUGUUCGAGAAGGGAAUGGAAUUCAAUCCCUCGCGAAUUAUCAUAUCACAAUUCUCUUGUAGUACGUGCAAUCUUUGGGCAAACAUCCAAGUUCAUCUUGUGCUGUUGCUUCCUUCAACAUCUUAUUUUCUUUUUUUUGUGAAUUGAGUCAGCACGGAGACAGGCGGAUUUUAUAUACAAGAGGGUUUUGUCACAAAUCACUCCUCGAAAUUCUGAUGCGAUUAACUUUUUUUUUCCCCUUUAUUCUUAACCAAACUCUCGUAAAUAUAAAUUCUUUUGCAGAAAAACUUGUUGGGAAAGCAUAUAUAGAUUAUUUAUGUUAUAAGAAAUAUAUUUGAAAUAUUGUUAAUAAUUUGUUUUGCUAAACAUAAUUUUUAUUUUUGUACUGACAAAAACCUGGAAAUUGUUAAAACAAUAAUAAUAAAAAAAGAAAAAAAUAGUAUCAUAAUUAUCGUGGCAAGUAGAAAAGCUUUGGUCGGAGAUAAAUGAGAAUUUUUCUUUGAAUUAAAAAAAGUCAUAGUAUUAGUUAAGUGUGUUAUUAACAUUUAAGAAAAAGUGCUUAUAUUGUAAGUAGAAACAACAAAUACUGUAAGAAAAGCCUUAAGUGUCUUAUUGUUUUUUGGUUACAUGUUUUAUUAAAACCACAUUUAUGUGAAAAAGUGUGAAUUUACAAAUAUUUUAGACAAAAAACAAAAAAGCACACACUGUAGGAUUUUUGAAAAACAAAAAAAGAAAACAAGAAAAAUAUUUUGAAUGCAAAAGCCGCAGGUGAGGAAAUAUAUUGAGAAAAAUUGUUACUUAUGUUGAUAAAUCCUUGUUGUAAAUUAUCAUUUUGGAUAAUGAUGAUAAAAGACAGGAGACAAUACCAUAUAAAAUCCAAAACAACUCCUUAUGGCAUUUCUUUGAAACAGAAUAUAUAUUAGAGUACGAACGCUAGUUCGUAAGAGUUUAACGAAAUUUAUAGAAAGGAACUUAAUUGAUGUUGUGUAUGGUAACUUAAAAAAUAAGUUUAUUGGUGUACGUGUUCACAAGAAAAGCAAUCAUUUGUUUAGGAGGUAAUCAUUUAAAGACAAAAGAAAGAAAAACAGAUAUAUGUACGUAAAUUAUUUACGAAAAGAAAAUUUUUGAUAAAGAUUUUUGUAUAAUAUUUUUCAGAUGUCAUUUCUUUUUUGUUUUAUAUACAAAAAAAACAACAGAAGCAUAUAGAACUUUGAGAAUGUUUGUUCGUAUUAAAAUUGCAAGCGCUGGUAGAUAGAGAUUGAAUUUGUGCGUGUAAUCUGUAAUUUAGCAAGAAAAUCCAAUGGUGGUGAAAAGAAUUUAAAAGAAAUAUAGUAACCUGAAAUGUAGCUACAAUCCGACCCAUCGAAUAUAGUAGAAAAAAAGAGAGAAGAAAACGAUAGGAUGAUGUCUUAUUUGUAACCACAACAGCACAAUAUAAAUUAAUAUCAAGGCAACAAAGCCACAAAACCCAUUACUGAGAGUGAGCACAUCAGUGUCACGAACGUUUUUUUAUAUAACACAAAAAAAAAUAUGAAACAACAUACACACAUAGUUUCACCCUCGAUGGCAUUAAAUGCAACAAACUAAAAAGGAUUGCCAUUGGAGAACUUUUUAAAAAAUGUUUACCAACUAUUUUUGGACACUUUCAUACCGAUAGAAGAUUCAAAAACAGAACCUCCAAAAAAAGAAUUUCAUACCUAAAAAAAUUCUCUUAAACUGCAAAAAUGCAUAUUAAUUCCUAUUGGCUAUAUCGUUGUGCAAUUUACAAAGAAUGUAAACCUGAAAUCACAAUGAAACUCCUAUCGAAAGGUGAGAAUGAUACAAAAGCAUUCAGUAGGUGUUGUGCGGAGUGAGUAUCCCUCUGUGAACUCCCAACUACUGGCGCAACAGCAAAUGAGAAAUAUUGUGAAAAACACGCAAAUAAUUAUCUCCAUGAAAUGCCAUUAGUGUCCAUUUGAGAGGACAGUGAACGAGCAAAAAUAUUUUUGGAGAGUACGCCGUUCUUGUAAUAUUUUUUUUUGUACUGUGUUAGGAGAAGAUUUAAUUAAUUAGAGACGCACACCACGCAAUUUGUGAAAAAUGUACGCGGCAGCGGCGGGAGCAUCGUUGGGCUCGCGGCAGGCACGAAAGCAGCAACGGCAGCAGAACAAUAAGAAUCGGGAGUUGCUGAAGCAAGGACUCAAGGAGAAAUUAGCUUCCAAGGCGGCAGGUAGUGCAACACCCACCAAGAGUCGACAAUUCCAUCAACUACCACCCAACUACCUCCGCACUCCAUAUGCUCAGGCGCGCAAGUUGAGUGCAAGCUAUGCUCAGCAUGGCAGUAAGAUGAUGAUUGACGCUACCCCGAGUAGCCCGCAUACGCCCCAUCAUGCCCACCCACACCAUCAGCACUUCCAUUCUUAUGACACGCAGUGCCAAAAGCCGGCGUCGCCUUCGCCGUCCCAACAUGACCUCCAUCGGCAGCAGCUGAUAAAGUCCGCCACGGCUACCUUCCCACUUGUUUCACGAUCUGAUCUUUCUCCACCACCAUCACCGGGGUACACACCCGUCGGUGAUCACACCAACAAUCUUCUUCUUAUCAUCGACCAGCCAAACAGGGAAGGUAGUGGCCUACAUCCCACCGCAGAUUCCAUCUUCGUCACACCUGCCACCCCAAUUGCAUCUCCUGGGCAUAUAACGCGCCAGGGUAGUCCCACCCUUGCCCUACAACUACCAGGGCCACUAGAACGCAAGUGCAGUGUUUACCGGGCUCGAAAACUGGACACCGUGGAUCCAAUGGACCCCAAUACACCUACGGUAACUAUCAAAGUUGAUGACGCCUAUGCUGUACCCUAUGGCUACGACCCACUUCUACCCAACGGAAAGUGGUGCCCAUCGGAGUAUUGCGAUUCGGAACAUCGGCACUUUGGGGUGUGCACCUGCGAUCACAUCGAGUGUGCUCAAGGAAGAGCAGCAUGGCUCGAGCGUGGACGUCGCUGUAGUGUCCAGGAGAAUACAGCGUCAUGCCAUAGGAGAUGGGUCAAGAGAAAUCGAGUUCAUGAUUCCUCAAUUGGUGGAUCAUCAGACGACGAUGACCUCCUUGGUGUGCUUCAGGGUCCGAGUUCCUUUGCGAAUGCUUUCCUCUACGUGGGACUUGGAACAGUGGCAAUCGGUCUGGUGAUAUCGUUUGUGGGAACCGGGGAAAAGGGAUUCAAAACUGUCGAAUUGAGACUUAUAGGACCAUCUCUCAUAGGUAUUGGAUUAAUUUGCUGUAUUCUUCGAAUUUUAUUUUGUGUUUGUCCAUCAAAUUGUUUAUCGAGUCGACGAAAUGCGGAGAAGAAAAAUGCCAAAAUUGAUGCUGAUCAUACAACAUCACUUUUACGGAGUGAUAAAAGAGUGCAAAUUGCCCGUGGUGGUAAUUCGCAGACCAAAUUGCAGACGCAUAAAACAAUGUCGAAGUCCCAUAGUAAAACGAUAGAAGGGAUGGAAGCUCUACGUCAUCUUGCAACAACGUCGUUGUUGCUUCAAUCAGAGCCAAAAAUACCAGCGAAUAGGAUUGUUCCUGUUAUUCAGGAGCCAGAGAAUACAGAAGAUGCGCCGCUAGAAAUGCACAAAAUCGACUCGCACAGCGUGGACUUAUGCACAAUCUCAGAUGAGAAUGCGACUAGCAGUAGUGACGAGGCGGAGGGCGCUUGUGGUGGUACGGAUGUUAUUCUGAUAGGUGACACGGUUUCAAAUGCAGCCCAAAAUACGGAAGAGCCGUCCCUAGAGCGCGGUUCAAGUCAGCGUUUGAGUAAACUCCACAGACAGCGGACACGGAGCAAUCAGCCGACGCUAACCAUUCCUCUUCCGGGUGACGUUCCGGAAACAAAUAUAGAGGCGGAAACGUCGCUAAUGCUGCCACUAGAGGUACUGUCCCCACCUGGCACAGUGACCUCGCGUCUUGUGUCACCGCCACUUAAUCCGCAUCUCAAGACCCGCUACCCAAGCCCCCUCCAGCCACCGCCCUCCAGUGAACAAUCAGUGACGAAUUUAACUUCCAUCGCCCUUCCGACAUUGCCAGGUGAAGCUGAAUUAGUUCUUAGUCCCUCAAAACUCGGUCAGUGAUGUGCAAUCAUUACGAUUAAUCUAUAUAUACUUUUCAAUGUGAACGAAUUUGCAAAAAAAAAAAUGCCGAUGGCACUGCAGAAGAGUUUUUCAGUGAAAAGUAUUGCUAUUUAGAAAAAAUAUGUGAAUUGUGUCGUUUUGGAAUUGCGAAAGAAUUUAGUGAGAUGACGCUAAUAAAGAAAAACAUUAUAUUAAUUUUGCAAUGUGGAUAUACAUAUUGAGAAAAAAUGCUGCUCCUUAUAGAUAAAUAAGUAAGAUGUAAAGAUUUUUAAGAAAAAAAAGUAGAAUGUUAAAUUUAUGCGAGAAAUACGGAUUGAAUUUCGAAUUGGCGACGUGCAGUUUCAAUUUCUUCCCUUCCCUCCCCCAACAUUAAGAGAAAAACCUACCAAUUCUAUACUCAAGUUGUGAUAUAAUUUUAUCAUUGAACUUUUCUUUACAUUACAUUUUAUUUUAACUCCCAUUUUUUCAUGCAAAGUUCCAUUAUGCAAUUAUAAAAUUUUGUCAUUAAAUCCAUAUGAAUUUAGGACCCACUGAAAAUGCAUAAACAUCUAAAAAAAAAGUAAUAUAUUUUUUUUUCUUUUACAACAUCAUACCAAAAGAAAGAAAGGAAAAUUAUAAACCUAAAAGCCCCAACUGUACCUUAAACAUGGAAAAAAAUCUCUAAUCUAUGUGUUUUUCAUAUACAUAUCUUUGUAUUCAUAAUUUUCAGUUCAUCAUACGAGUCAUAUAUUUUUAUUUUUUACAAUAUAGAGAGAAAUAUAAAAAAUAUAUAUAUUUAAUUUAAUAGGCAAAUCAAAUGGAAAAAAACAUUGUAGAAACCCUGAAGAUUGAAAGUAAAGAAUGACGUAAUUCUGAAAA